AAUGAUUCGUAUGAUAAUGCAACAUAACCUGCAGCUCAAACUAAAAAUCUAUCGAAGGUUAAAAAAACCUCUAGUGGCAAAGACUUUCGACUCCAAAGCCAAAAAACCACUCAGGCAGCAACAAAGAUCAGAAAAGCAGCAAAAAAAUAAUUUUCUUAUUCUUCUCAAAACUGAUAACCUGCAAUAUAUUCUUAUAUGCUUUAGUCGUCUUGGAAAAUGGAUGUCUGUACGCAAUUAAAACGGAAAAAAGAUUUGUUAACAAUCUUAUUAAUUAUACAACAAUGGAAAAUUAAUAAAAUAAAGCAAAAUCGAUCUAAAAAGAAACAAAGACUAUGGAUUAGACCAUGCAUUCGUGAACGAGAAAUAAGAGGUAAAGCUUCUAUAUUAGUACAAGAAAUGCGUCUUGGAGACCUAAAUUGGUACUUUAAUUAUACUCGAAUGAUACCUAAUACUUUUGAUAGACUACUCCACUUAGUUGGACCAAUUAUAGAAAAACAAAAAUUUUUAACAAAAAACAUUUUUACGACAACCAAUUCCGCCUGAUAUUCGACUAUUAAUAACAUUAAGAUAUUUAGCAUCUGGCGAUUUGAUGGCAUUACUUGCGAUGUCAUACCGUAUAGGCAAAAGUACUGUUUCUGGUAUAAUACAAGAAACAUGCGAAGCUAUUUGGGAAGUUCUGCAACCUCAGGUUUUAGAACAACCCUCUCAACAAGAUUGGAUAAAGAUUGAAGAUGAAUUCUUUAAAAGAUGGAACUUUCCACAUUGCAUAGGAGCUAUUGAUGGGAAACACGUUGUAAUACAAGCACCACCACAUGCAGGAUCGACAUUUUAUAAUUUUAAGGGCCAACACAGCAUUGUACUCUUAGCGAUAGUAUCAGCAUCAUAUAAAUUUUUAAUGGUUGACAUUGGUGCUCAAGGGCGACACAAUGAUGGAAGAAUUUUUAAAGAGUCCAAUAUGGGACAACGAUUUCAAAAUAAGCAGAUGGAUUUACCACAUCCGUGUCAAUUGUCAAAUUUUCGUAAUAUACCUAUUCCGUACAUGCUUAUUAAGCCGAGCAAGACGUAUCUCAGAAAAUGCAUUUUCAUUUCUAGUUAAUAUAUGGAGAAUUUAUAGAAAACCGAUUAACGCAUCACUUAAAACUACUGAAAGUAUAAUUAAAGCAACUGUCUGUCUGCAUAAUUUUUUAUUAUCAACACGACAAUACGGAUAUAUGACAGAUGAUAUAUGUCAAAAUGUUAUACACGAAAAUACAGCAGCCAUUAGAGAUGUUAGUAACAUAAGAAGUAAUACACAUUCACAAUUAGCAGCAAGUAUUAGAAAUGAAUUUUGUGAAUAUUUUGUACAAGAAGGCUCUGUACCUUGGCAAGAAAUGUAUAUUUAAUUAACCCUUAACUACAGCAACGGGUUAUUUGAACACGAUGCAAAAUUUUUUUGAUAACUGUAUAGUCCAUUUAGAAAGGGUGACUGAGGUUUAUAGUUAAAAAAAAUACGGAUAAGUUAUAACAUCUAUCUAAAAAACAAACAAACAAAAUAC